CUUUAAUAUUCAUUCAUUUUCCUUAUUCUAGACUUUAACGUAUCUUCCACUUCAAUUCAACUCAACCAAAACUUCUCAUAAUUCCUUCCUUUCUUUCUUCUCUCCGUUCAUAAUUUUUUUAUUAUCACAAAUCAAAUCCUAUGUUAAUAAUCAUUAAUUAACAUGUUAGACGAGUUCAUAAGAGAGAGCUAUAGAAUUCCAUGGUUGAUUUGGAUUCAACUAAUUGUCCUCUUUCUCCUCCUUGCACUCUUUUAUAUAUUCAUCUUCGACGACGAUGACGCCGCCACCGAGGUCUUGCCGGAAACUUCCUCCGCCUCUUCUAAAGGCUUUCUUUUCGAUGAGAUUCAACAUAUUGACUCAACAAAAAAUUACUCAAUUGCCCCUGUUUCAACUAACCUUCAACAACGCAAUAUUACUACGCAGCAGGAUGGACAGAACCCAAGUGAAAUAGCAACAUGUUCAAACAUGAGAAGUGGAGAGGUUAAUGAGGGGGAGUCUUCAACACCGAGUUCCCACACUUGCCAUUUUUUCCAAUUAGCCACUGUAGCAUUUCUCAAAUGUUUUGGUCUUGAUUCCACGUCUGAUUCUUCAUCGAACCAGAAAUGUAGAAAAAGGAAAGAAAGUUGAGUGUAAAAAUUAUGCUUUUGUAGAUUAUUGUAAAUAUCAUUCGUGGAAUAAAAAAAAAAAAGAGGAAGGGUUGUUAUUUAAUCAUUUCCUUUGAUUGAUUUUUCCUAUUUUUGCUCGAAGAAAGAAAGCUUCCUUGCUCCACAAUUUAACAAAAUUAACAUUGUCAAAA